AAAAUAAAUAAAUCCACCCACGAUGAAACGUGUUUUUUCAUCGAAACCCGCUUUCUUCAAUGCAUAAAACACUUUCAGUUUCUUUCCUCAACAAAGAAGGAAAAAUGAGUCGCCAUUUUUCUCUCUACACCGUCGUAAUAUUGCUCCCAGCCAUUUUCUUCCUUUCAGCAGAAUCCGAUCACAGUCCUCCGUUCUCAUGCGACCCCUCAAACCCGUCGACCAAAUCACUUCCGUUCUGCAACACUCAGCUGCCCAUCAGCAGUAGAGCGAAGGACCUCGUCUCCCGCCUGACGCUGGACGAAAAGGUGCAGCAAUUAGUCAACACGGCGGACGCCGUCCCCCGCCUGAAUAUCUCCGCCUACGAGUGGUGGUCGGAGGCGUUGCAUGGCGUUUCUCGCCACGGAAAAGGGGUUACUUUCAAUGGCACCGUCACGGCCGCCACCAUGUUCCCUCAAGUCAUUCUCGCCGCCGCUUCCUUUGAUUCCCAACUCUGGUAUCGCAUUGCUCAGGCAAUUGGAGAUGAGGCUCGGGCAGUAUUUAAUGUCGGGCAGGCAAAGGGGAUGACAUUCUGGGCACCAAACAUAAAUAUAUUUAGGGACCCGAGGUGGGGGAGAGGGCAAGAGACACCUGGAGAAGACCCUUUCGUCGCCGGAGAAUACGCAGUGGCCUAUGUCAGGGGAAUUCAGGGGGACAGCUUCGGCGGCGGGCAGCUCAGAGACGGCCACCUCAAAGCCUCGGCGUGUUGCAAACAUUACACUGCCCAUGAUUUGGACAACUGGAAUGGCGUUACUCGUUACGUUUUCGAUGCAAUUGUAAGCAAGCAAGAUUUAGCGGAUACCUACCAGCCGCCAUUCCGGGCAUGCGUGGAACAAGGCCAGGCCAGUGGCAUCAUGUGUGCUUAUAAUCGUGUCAAUGGAGUCCCAAGCUGCGCUGAUUACGACUUAUUGACAAAAACUGCCCGCCAACAAUGGGGUUUUCAAGGGUACAUUGCUUCUGACUGCGACGCUGUUGCAAUAAUUCAUGACCAGCAAGGGUAUGCCAAAGAGCCUGAAGAUGCAGUUGCAGAUGUCCUUAAAGCUGGCAUGGAUGUGAAUUGCGGUGGCUAUUUGAAGAAAUACACCACGUCAGCUGUUGCAAAGAAGAAAGUAUCAGAAUUGGACAUAGACAGAGCCCUGGAGAACCUCUUCUCUGUCAGAAUGAGACUAGGGCUUUUCAACGGAGAUCCAAGAAACCUGCAAUACGGAGACAUUGAUCCAAGCCAGGUCUGCAGCCAAAACCACCUCGAUCUAGCCCUUGAAGCUGCAAAAUUCGGCAUCGUCCUCCUCAAAAACGAUGUCGGCCUCCUCCCGUUUUCCAGGGCAGGAACCAAGUCGCUAGCUGUAAUUGGCCCCAACGCCAAUGACUCAGGAGUGUUUCUCGGAAACUAUGAAGGCCUGCCUUGCAAGAAAAUAACUAUUCUUGAAGCACUUGAACAAUACUAUGUCAGCAGCACAAAGUACCACCAGGGCUGUGACUUUGUCAACUGCACUUCGGCUUUUAUUGAUGAAGCAGUGGAGACAGCAAAACAGGCGGAUGAUGUUGUAUUAGUCAUGGGAUUGGAUCAAACGUUGGAGCGGGAGAAACAUGAUAGAGUGGAGUUGGGGCUCCCUGGAAAACAAGAAAGUCUGGUUAUAAGUGUUGCAGAAGCAGCAAAAAGACCUGUUGUGUUGGUGCUGCUGUGUGGUGGCCCUGUUGACGUGUCUUUCGCGAAAGAGAACCCAAAAGUUGGGAGCAUUUUGUGGGCUGGUUAUCCAGGUGAAGCUGGAGGAGUUGCAGUGGCACAAACUUUGUUUGGUGAUCACAAUCCAGGGGGCAGACUACCAGUUACAUGGUAUCCCAAGGACUUCGUCAAAGUACCAAUGACGGAUAUGCGGAUGCGAGCGGAUCCAUCCACCGGAUAUCCAGGCCGAACAUACAGAUUCUACAAUGGCCCGAAAGUGUACGAAUUUGGCCACGGCCUCAGCUACACCAACUAUUCUUACAAGUUCGUCUCAGUUAGCCAAAACACCCUCUUUCUGAACAAUUCAUUACAUGAAAACACAGUCAGGCAAUCCGGUUCGGUUCCUUUUGUGCCAGUCGCGGAACUGGGAACACAAUCUUGCAACAGAAUGAUGUUUUCGACAAAGGUGAGAGUUAAAAAUCCUGGAGAAAUGCCGGGUAAGCAUCCGGUGUUGUUGUUUGUCAGAAUUGAGAAUGCUGGAAGAGGGAAGGCUAUGAAACAAUUGGUUGGAUUUCGAAGUGUGAGUUUGAGUCCUGGAGAAACUAAGGAAAUCGCAUUUGUUGUCAAUCCCUGUCGGGAUCUUAGCUAUGCUGAUGAAGAUGGUGUGAUGCUGAUUGCAGAGGGUAAACUUUACCUAGUCGUGGGAGACGAGGAGUAUCCUGUUAAUGUAGUAGUCUGAUGUUAAAAGCUAUAUAAAUAAUACUUUGCUAAAUUAUGAAGA